AUGCCCUUCGCUAUUUCCAUUUUCUUGUCCCGGCCCCUGCUGCAUGAGACUGAACAUUACAAGAUCAAGCUCGGUAUCAAUCGCCGCGACAAUCCCUUUCAAUGUCACGAGCAGCAAAAGAUUGUCACAGCGCCCAGGCAAUCGGGAGCUCCGUGUGAUGCAUGGCAGUCCAGUCGCACAAGCCAACGUACUGUGCAAUGGGACGAGCCACGAUACAAGGGUCAUUCUGUGAGGGGAGAGGUUCGAGAAUGCGGACUGGAUAACCUGCCUAGCACUGUGUCUUUCACCACGAAAGUCGAUAAUCCGGGAACUCUGCUUCUCGGUCACAUCAAUUACACGAUGUGGAUCAACGACAGCGCAGUCACCGUAGCAAGCUUGGCUCAAGGGUUCGGGGGCACUUGCCACGGUCGAGCGUUUCGGGCGCCUCUCUGGCCAAGCCCAGCACCUUGUAUCGGCUGCGAGUGGAUCCUGAAAUAA